AUGUUUGAGUGUGACAAUCAUAUCUGCAUCCUACCAUACUGGAAGUGUGACGGUGACAAUGACUGUGGAGAUAACUCAGAUGAAGAGCUCAACCUUUGCUUGGACAUCCCUUGUGAUCCUCCAUUCAGAUUCCGGUGCCAAAACAACCGCUGCAUCUACAGACAUGAGGUCUGCAACACUGUGGAUGAUUGUGGAGAUGGAAGUGAUGAAGCAGAAGAACAAUGUAGAGCGCCUACUCCUAGACCAUGUACAGAGGACGAAUACAAAUGUGGCAACUCCCACUGCAUUCCUCAUCACUAUGCCUGUGACAACUAUGAUGACUGCAGAGACAGCUCUGAUGAAAUUGGCUGCAACAGAGGAACUGGACGACACUGUGGAGAAAAUAUCUGUGAGCACAACUGCACUAAUCUAGCUGAAAGUGGAUUUAUCUGUUCAUGCCAGCCAGGAUAUAAAGCCAGUGACAGUGACCGGAAUUCCUGCGAAGAUAUUAAUGAGUGUGAACUAUAUGGCAUGUGUCCACAAGACUGUAAGAAUUCAAAGGGAAGUUAUGAGUGCUUCUGUGCAGAAGGUUUCAGAUCGGUCGGUGAUCAGCAAGGAAAGCAAUGUGCAGCUGAUGGUAAUCCUCCAUUGCUGCUGUUGCCGGACAAUGUGCGAAUAAGAAGAUAUAACCUUUCUUCUGAACAAUAUUCAGAUUAUAUUGAUGAGCAGCAGCACAUUCAGGCCCUGGACUAUGACUGGGAUCCUGAGGGAAUAGAUCUUAGCGUUGUCUACUACAGUAUUCGUGGACAAGGCUCAGUGUUUGGGUCUAUCAGACGUGCCUAUAUACCAACAUUUGAAGACUAUGGCAACAAUAUGGUGAAGGAUGUUGAUCUGAAUCUGCGCUAUAUUGCAAAUCCAGAUGGAAUAGCUGUGGACUGGAUUGGAAGGCACCUUUAUUGGACUGAUGCAGGCACGAAUCGUAUAGAAGUAGCAAAACUGGAUGGUCGAUACAGGAAGUGGCUUAUAUACAUGCAGAUUGAUCAGCCAGCAGCCAUUGCAGUCAAUCCAGAACUAGGAAUUAUGUAUUGGACAGACUGGGGAAGACAGCCUAAAAUUGAACAUGCUUGGAUGGAUGGACAGCAGAGACAGGUGCUCGUGUCAGAGGACCUUGGUUGGCCCACCGGCCUCACCAUUGAUUAUAUCAAUAACAAUCGGAUUUAUUGGUGUGACUCCAAGGAAAAUGUCAUUGAAUCCAUCAAACCUGAUGGAACAGACAGAAGGACAGUUUUAUCUGGAGAUCUGGGCAAUCCUUAUAGUCUGGAUGUGUUUGAGGGCCAUUUGUACUGGACCACUAAGGAAAAAGGAGAAGUGUGGAAAAAAGAUAAAUUUGGAACAGGUCCUAAAGUAAAGGUCUUGACAAUAAAUCCCUGGCUCACUCAAGUGAGGAUAUACCAUGCUCAUCGCUACAACCAUACAGUUUCUAAUCGCUGUAAAGAUAUUUGUUCCCACCUUUGCUUGCUGAGACCAGGAGGGUACACGUGUUCCUGUCCCCAAGGAGCCCUCUUCAUGGAGGGCAGCACCACAGAGUGUGAUGCAGCUUUUGAGUCUCCCCCAACCAUGCCACCAGCAUGCAGAUGUAUGCAUGGAGGAACAUGCUAUUUUGAUGAGAUGGGCCUUCCGAAAUGCAAGUGUGCAUCAGGUUUCACAGGAAGCUAUUGCAAUAUAGCGUAUAGAGCUGGUUUACCUCCAGGAACAGCUGCUGUUGCUGUGCUUCUUACUGUGGUUUUGAUAAUAAUCAUUUGUGCAUUGGUGAUUGGCGGCAUGUUCAAUUACAGACGAACAGGAAAACUGUUACCGGCACUACCUAAAUUCCCCAGUCUUAGUGCACUGGUGAAAUCUACAGAAAACGGCAAUGGUGUGACGUUCAGAUCUGGAGCUGAUGUCACUAUGGACAUUGGAGUGUCUGGAUUUGGUGCAGAAUCUUCCAUAGAUAGAGCAAUGCAAAUGAGUCCAACCUUCACACUGGAUGCUGGGAAGGAACCGAUUACGUAUGAGAAUCCGAUGUAUUCUGACACCAGGGAAGGAGGUGUCAGCAUUGUGACCAUAACACAGCCACCAGAUGUGACUGAAACCACCAAUGUGCAAAAGUCUGAUAGCUUCGAAAACCCAUUAUACGCAGCUGUCACUCCUCAGACAACAGCAAGUACUGAAACCACCCAGACGGAAUCAAAGUGGAAUUUCUUCAAGAGGAAGGUUAAACAAAGCACAAAUUUUUGAAAAUCCAAUCUACUCAGAGAUGGAAAAAGAGCAACAACAGGAGACCGAAGAAGACCAAUCUCCAUUCGCGCCUCCACCACCUACCAAGCCAUCACAUAAAAAGGAGCCACAUCAAACGGCCUUCUCUCCAACAGAGGACACUUUUAUAGACACUGCCAACCUCGUCAAGGAAGACUCAGAUGUAUAA